AUGCCUUACACGCAGUUUCACGUCAGCACCGAGAAGCUGGGACACCACUACCCGGUAGUCUGCUCGGAUAAUGCGGGCGGAAAACACCGUUUCUACAUAGAAAAUGCCCCAGCAGCCUCAAAAAAGCCAGAUCUGACCUUCUGCGAGGGAGGCAACAACAGCGGUCGGGUCGUCGGCCUUGCCAGGUUUCCCCGCUUCUCGUCGAACUGUGAAGUCCUGAUAGUAAACGAUGAAUGUCCGAAGAAUGAAGACUGGAAAACAGUGUCAAAGAGGGGCUUUGUGACGAUGCAGUACAGCUUCCACACCCCCGUUUCUGGAGAGAUGCGAAGCCUUGUUUGGAAGAAGACACGAUCGAUGGGUGGGGGGAGCAGUCCAUACCCAAAUAUGAAGCUCGUCGAUGAACAAAGCGGGGAUGUUCUUGGGGUUUUCUCGACCGAUCAUUCGUCGCUGGUUGCGGGUGAUCUCGAUAUGCGUGUGAAUUAUGGCGAAUCGUUUGAUCGAUGGGCUUUUGUUACUGGUGUUGCUGUGCGAGAGGCGCAAAGGCGGAAGAAUAAUAGUUCUGUCAGGGCUCUUGAUAAUAGGGCUACUGCCGGUGCUGCCAUUGGAGGUAUGGGAGCAGGUGGAGGUGCCUAG